AUGAUAGGUUUUUUUUUCUUUGUGGUGAUUUCUCUUCUUUCAGUUACAAGCUCCUAUAAAAUCAAAGUUGUAGACGUGGAUGCUAUUUGCAAACAAACAAAGGAUGUUUCAUUUUGUACAAAUCUUCUGAAUUCAAAGCCUGACGGUGUAGGUCAAGAUCUUGUCAGCCUUGCACAAUACACUCUUGAUGUGGCUCGUUCCAACACUACCAACACCAUCAUUCUAAUCCAAUGGUUAAUCGCACAAAGUGGUAGUGAUUUUGAGGCACAAAUUCCCUACAAGAAAUGUUUAUCUUACUUUGAGGAUGUUGUUGGUGAUAUUGACUAUUUUUGUGACAUGUUGAAGGUGAGAAAUUACAAAGAGAUGUUUCAUGCUGCAGAUCUUAUACUAAUGUAUAUUGAUUUUUGUCUAAAAGGAAGUGGUCCUGAUGAACCUCCUUAUCAUGGUAAUCCCAUGGUGCCAAAAAAUGCCAAUGUUCUCAAUCAAGUUGUUACUAUAACAAGUUUUAUCGUAGAAAAACUUGAUUGA